AUGUCGCGUACAAACGAAGUGAUACAAGAAACAAAUACAGCAGUUAAUAUUUAUUUAAAAAAAGGCGAUCAAUUUGCACAAAAACUUAUUCGAGGUACACCAAAUGGAUUAACAUUAGCUAAUUUAACAUGUGGUCUUUUUUCACUAAUAAUGUCUAUGAAUGGCCUUCAUCGUUUUGCAUCAUUAUUUAUACUUUUGGCUGCCGUAUGUGAUUAUUUUGAUGGACGCGUUGCACGAAUGCUUCGUGUUUCAUCUGCUAUAGGUGCGCAAUUAGAUUCAUUAGCUGAUGUUGUUUCAUUUGGUGUUGCACCAGCAAUACUUGCUCAUUCCAUCCAACAUUGGUCAUUUUUAAUGGUUAUUGCAUUUAUUAGUUUUCCCUUAACUGGUGCUUGGCGUUUAGCAAGAUUUAAUGUUAAUCCAACACAUGAUUAUUUUAUUGGUCUUCCUAUUCCAGCUGCUGGUAUUGUUGUUGCAUUACUUGCACUUUUUUCUUUUGUAUCACCUUUAAUUAUGAUCGGACUUGCUCUUCUCAUGAUAUCUCCAUUACAAAUACCAAAAUUAUAA